CUUGCCCUCCGAUCCCCGCACCUAUUCCGCGAUUCAGUGACGCGCUGUGUACCAUACGAUCGCCAAAAAUCGCCUAUUAUAGUUCAGUGGUUCCGACUGUGAAUACUGGCUUUAGAGUCGAUGUUUUUUGAAUUGACAAGUGCGUCGAAUGGCGUAUGCGUCCUCCUGCUUCUCAAGAAUGACUAAGCAAAUUUAUAAAGAAAUCGCGAGAGACGGGAGGAUUCAAGCGUUUUCUGAACUAUUUUAUCUUUGAUCGUGAAAAAUUACAAUUAGAAUGACUAUGGAUGGGAAAAGAUCAAUUAAAAUGGAUCCAUUAUCACCUGGACCUUGUAUUGACAUUAGUGAUGAUGAACUUGUUACGAUAUCAGUACGAGAUUUGAAUCGGCGAUUAAAACUACAAGGGUUGUCCAGAGAAGAAAUUGUACGUAUGAAACAGAGAAGACGCACACUAAAGAACAGAGGCUAUGCAGCUAGUUGCCGCAUAAAACGUAUUGAACAAAAAGAUGAAUUAGAAUCUGAAAAGACUCAGGAAUAUCAAGACAUGGAAGCUAUGCAAGAAGACAACAAUUGUAUGAGAGCAGAGAUAGAGUCCUGGCAUUCAAAAUAUCAAGCUCUUAAAAAAUUUGCUCAAGAAAAAAAAAUUAUUAUUCCACCGGAAUUGGAAGCUAUCUAAAAUACUAAUAUUUACACAUUCACUAGAGCAUACUAACAGAAAAUUUAACUUAAUAAUAUAACUUGAAAAGGCUUACAAUAUGCUAUAUUGUAUUCAAUGCUCUUAAUCUAUAAGCAUUUAUAGAAACGUUUUGAAACUCAAGAAAAUACGUAAAUGCAACGAUAAAUACAAACAAACACAUACACAUGUGCACGCGCGCCCGCGUGUAUAACAAA